UGAGCGAGUUUGCGCGCUUUCUAAAAAACUUCAUCACAAUCUCUCCCAUACUUUCCCCUCGUGUAUCAGAAAAAUGGCGUUUUUCGUGAUUGCCUUGCGAGCAUCUGUGAACUCUUGUUUAAAAUUUCGAAGGUCGUGGGUCGUCUAUCGUGUGUAACAUAAAAAUCUGGAGUUCGAAACCUCGGAGAUAAUAGACGCAGAUGAUGCGCCCAUUGAGUGAUCAUUGUGAAUCGAAUCGCCAUUGGGCUAUGAAGGAAAAGAACACUGUCACCGAAGGCGCUUUCGUAAAUCUAGCUCAAAGAAAAACAAAGUGAAAAUUUUGUGCUUUCUUUUUCUAUAACGAUAUGGCAGAGAAUCUUGCUGCGAAGCUUUAUCUUCUGUUGGAGCAUGAAAGCGGAAAGGCGGAGAAAUGGAAAUUACUGGGACAAGAAAGAGAUGGAUCUCUGCUUGUUGGAUGGAUCGAAGAAAAGUCUUUAGAUGGAGGAACUUCUAUUUCAAAUUCAGUCGUCGGACACUAUGAUAGAACCAAGGAAAAAUUACAGAUUUUACAACGCUUCGAUAAUGUACUGAACAUAGUUCAAGCUACAGUCAACCAAAAUCAUACUUUGUUGGGAUACGUCAUCAAGGAGAAAGCUAAGAUUUUAGAAACAGCAAAACCUGCUGUAAAUUCUGAAGAAAAUAGUGAGAAUACGAAAGAGGAGGAUCCGACUGAAAAUUCAGCAGAAAACAAAAGCUGUAGUGACCACUCAGUCUCAAAUGUUGAAGCUUACAGCCCUUACGUCGUUGAGGUCAAUUCCAAAAAGAUUCACCGUUUAGAAAUUGAGAGAACAAAACAGAUCCGAGUACAAUUUUUAUACAAACAUAAAGAACAGAAAAACGGAGACAGAUUUUUGGUGCUGAUACAUCAAGAAUGCGUUAUGAUGUACACGGUGAUUUUCGAUGAGACCAACGAGCCUCCGACACUCGCCUCUCUUGAUUCGGAAUCAUUGGUUCGAACCUUUAUUUGGGCUCAGUGGGACGUAACUAAUCAGGUGCUUUAUCACAUUCACAAUCGACGAGCUCCCACUAGUUUGGUAACCGAGGACGAUAACGAGAGUCGUGCAAAAACUAACGCCACAUCACCAACUCUCAGUGGUUUACAAUUUCACGAUGAUCUUCCUCACGAGACAGUGCUCAACAUACCCCUGAAUUUGCCUCAGCUACCGAGCACCGGAAAUUGCGGGACUUACGAGGACGAUGUGAUUCCUUUAAGAGUUCACGAUUGUUCAUUGGAUCUGAUAGUGAUAUCGGAUUCGAAAGGAAUGGUUUGCGUUUGUCAUCAUUAUUUGUAUCGGCCUGUGCAGCCGCCUCAGCACGUUCUUGAGGCAUCCUUAAGCGAAUCGAACACAGUUCAUUUCGCGUAUUCGGUAACGUUAUUGCAUCACAGUUGCGUCAUACAUUGCGUAGUGCCAGGAAUUCCGUGGUCACAGGCGAAGUUGAUGAGGCCAACGUUCGCGAUAUCGGGAGAUUACAUGAUAGUUUUUGUGCAAGGUUCAUUUACGCAUUUGUUGGAAAUCGGUGUGAAUCACGAUCCGUGUUGUCAUAUUUUGUGCGGGCCUCUCGUUUCUGUACCCUCGCAAUCGUCUUAUCUCGUUCCUUUGCUCGACCUCACAGCGCCGAUGCAACGUCAAUCGAGCGGCGUGAAGAAAAACGAAAUUCAUGGUAAAUUGCGAGAUUUUAAUUCGGAAACGAAUGGGUCGAUGCAGGAUUUCGUUUCGAAUAUUCCGAGCAUAGAUCUGCCGACUCUGGACCUCGUCACGAUAUCCAUAAGUACCGAAUUCUUAAUCGAUGUAUUUCGCAAGGAGAAUUCGGUGCAAGUUCGCAUGGGAAUUAUCCAUUACUUUCUUUGUCACCGCAACGAUCUGGAAAUAGUCGCUUUUCUCGUCUCUUUGAUCGCUGAAAAACCGCGAUCUCUCGAUGUUGUACGCUUCAUGCAGGAAAUCCUCGUCGGAGGUUCGUACGCUCUGGUACAAAAAAAUCUGCUCCCCGAUGCGGUGCCCCUGCUCUCGUUAUUGCCCAUCACCAUGGUCGAAGAAACUGCUGGCUACGAUGCGAAAAUCAAUGAUUUGCAUAUAACCCUGAGCCAUGAAAAAUUGUGGAACACUUCCGUCAUGCUCCUGUCACCGCAGCAAAGACUCGUGCCCUACCGCAGUGAUUUGUGGACCAGGCUCUGGGACAAUCUUGGUAAAAGAAGUGAGAAUCGACCUAGAUUUAAAACUAGUCAAAUUGCGGAGAAGUUACUUGUUUCUUUGGCCUGCUAUCAGCCGGAAGCACUGUCUAGAACGAGCACUCCAAUGUCUCCGAGUGGAGGGCUUGUAUUGGCUUCUGCAUCUUUCGGAGAUUUAAUGAGCAAUCGUAGCAACAAAAUUCUGGGGGAUUCGGCACUACCGUUCGUCGAGGUUGAAAGUUGUACAGCUUCGAAACAAGAGCACAUUGUGUCAGUAAAUCUUCGAGAACUUUCGAUGUAUCUUUUGAAACAUGGUACACAAACUCCGCCGAGUUCGUACGUUUCGUGUACGCCUUUGCAGGUUCACGCAAUGGCUACGAGGCACGUUGCAGCUCAAUUGGAAAGUUCGCGAUCACUUUGUCAAAUGAUUUGCAAAGCUGCUAACGUCGAUCCUCGAAUGGAACAGGAGCGAGGAUUUAUCCUCAUUGACCAAUUAGAUGAGACUCGACGAAAUCUUCUGUUUAUGCUACUCGAGCGCUAUCGUUACGCUAUCGAGAACAGCGCUUUUCCAAUGCCUCAAGGAUUCACGUCUUUCUUCACGUAUCUUGGCUAUAGAAGUCUGAGAUAUUCCAUGUUCUUACAAUACGUCGAACGUUCCGUAUUUGAACUCCAGGUGGACGUUACCAAAAUUAUCAUAGCAGAUAUUGGAGACACGAAGGAAAACGUGAUAAAAAAAUUACAACUAUUGUCUCUCCUGCCUCGAACCCGUGCCAAAAGGUUGCUCAAUCAGUGGCUCCAUCCGGUCAGUUUUAUGAUCAGAGCACGGGAACACGCGACAAACAUUUUGUCUGGCGAAGUAUGUCAAACACGUGGAAGAACGUUACAGCAUUGUAAUCGUCACAAUGGUACGAUGAAAUCAAAAAGUUUGGCAGCAUUUCCUUCGGCCGAUCGUCUCUCGCCAUUGGACACAUUCCUCGAUUUACUUACGGCAAAAGCAAGUCUCAACGAACUUGACUUUGGUUUAUUAAUCGAGGCGACGGUCACGUCGACGGAAGAUUUUCUUUAAUUAAGCUAUACACAUAUAGUCUUGUCAUUAUAGUUGAAAACAAUUGCUUUUGCAAGCGCAAUUUUAAGCUCAAUCGGUUGGUAUAUCGAUCUUCCUUUUUAGUCCUACUUUACACUGGUUUCGUACAUUCCAUUUUGCAUUCUCGUACAAACUUUCGGGAUUAAUCGCUCGAGUAUUUUAUACUCAGCUAUAGAACAUUUGAAUGUUAAAAAUGUUUUUUUUUUCCUUGUUGCGUUGCGUCUGUACCGUUACGUGCCAUUUUUUUGGAAUUUUUCCUGUUUUCACCUUGUUUCUAAAUUUGUAGGCUAAUUUUUUCACUGUACCUGUAGUAUCAAAGCACCAUUCAGUAUUUUAUCAUUACGUUUGAGACAUCACUACGAUUGACCCGAAACGCCUACAUCGAAGUCGAAAACAAUUCCAUUCUAGGGGAAAAACUUAUUUCUACAUUUUUUGAAACUUUUUUGUUUUGCUAAAAUUUUGUAAUCAAAUUCUCACCGAAUGCGUCUUUAUCGGUUCCCCAAAUGGUACACAAUUCAUCCUUGUUGUUACAUGCAAAAAAUAUUCUAUGCUCAAGAGAAGUUUCAAUCAAGAGGUUUUCGAUCAUGGAUCGAGUUAGUCUUAGUCAGAAAAAAGAUGGUUAACGGGCCAACAUUUUUGUCUCUUUUUGAAUAUAUUAUAUAUUUGAAUGUUCCUAAUGAAGAAAUUUUGUUAAUCGUUCGUUAUUCUGAUCAUUCGGUGUUACGUGAACAUCUCACUCAAGCUAUUCACCGUUUAUCGUUUAGUUUUCAACAAAGUUCAACCUGUAUAAAAAAGUGAGGUUGUUGCUUUUACCUUUGUUCAAAAAUAGUUCAAUAUUAAAUUUAAGUUGUUACAAAAAUUAACUAUUUUUCUUGAGUUCCGGUCCAAUCCAAUUGUCUGGAAUUUUACACUCGUCGCGCCAUGAUUCCAGAUUAUCGGGAUGUCGAGAGUGAACUAUGUAAUUAUUCCAAUUGUUCAUCCUAAAUCGGACAAAAUCCUCAAUUCAUUAUCUCAAUAAUAAUAAGUAGAAUGAAUUCCGUAAUUGCUUUGUGAUACGUGUGUUUUUAUAAGAUAAAAAUCUCAAAUUUAUGAGGUAUUCACCACAGACUGGUCUCUCAAAUCCUUAUGGUUUCAAUAGUUUUAUUUAUAUUUAUAGAUAAUUUAAGAGUCAAAUGAUUCUAAUUAAAAUUUAAUAAAAGUAGAAAAAUAUUUAAAAAAAACAA